UUAAAAGCCUCUCUCCCACGCGCACGUCCAGAACCUGUCAGCUCGUCCCUCAUCCCAAGUCUCACCGAAAAAAAAAGAAAAAAAUCCCAACACCCAGGGCAACCCUUUACAGAGUUGACAAGCCAGUUCCCUGCGCGCCCGUCGCAAAAUCACCUGUCGUUCUUGUGCAACAAAAACAACCUUUUCUAUCAACCAAACCACGAGACGGAAAACUGAGCAUCGCACAACCGCGGCCAUGUUUUUCGCAGUAUUUUUCGCCUUUUGGCGCAUUAUGCAGAUCAUAACUUUGAUCAUCAUCGUCGGUCUGCUCUCUUGGUUCGUGAACGGCUACGUCAACAACAACCUCCUCACGCCCAACUUCAUCCUGAUUCUGUUCAUCGUCUCGGUCAUUGCACUCGCCUGGUCAAUCUUUACUCUCUUCAGCUACCACCGCAGCAGCACAAACGCGCAAUUCGUCGGCAUAGUCGACCUGCUCUUUGUCGGCGCAUUCAUUGCCGGCGUCUACUUCCUAGGAUUCAUCGCCAGGGCCGACUGCUCAAGCAUCAGCACCAAUGAGUACUACAAGUUUGGCCUGGGUGACUGGAUCGCCGUCGAGGGCCGUGGCUUCGCCAUCCGCACCGACAAGCCCUGCGCCAUGCUCAAGGCCAGCUUCGCCUUCGGCAUCAUGAACUGCAUCUUCUUCUUUGUCACUGCGGUCCUGGCAUUCAUGCACGGCGGCCGCAUGAGCCGAAAGGAGGACAAGUACCACAGCCACCGUCACUCGCACCGCAGGCACUCGAGCCGCGGCCACAGCCGUCACAGCCACCACAGCAGGAGGAGCUCUCACUCGCGCCGCACCUAUGUCUAAGGUGAUGGUGAUGAGCCGUGUUCUACAAAGCACCGUGGGCUCCGAGCAGAUUCAUUCUGCUGUUCGUUUGGCCUGACUGUUUACAUAUGGGUGGCUUUUUGCGGGCGCGAUGAGACCUUUGAGACCAUAUCACAUCCAAAUUAGGCUGUGGUUGAAAAAGAAAAAUCAGCUUUUGUUUUUAAUGUCGGAUUUACGCAGCAAGCGGAUGGAUCUACAGGUGACUUUUCCCGUAGUGAGAUGGAUAUCCAUGUUUUCUUUGUAUUUCUUUUCACGAGUUCUAUGAGAAUGAUGUCCAAAUACCAAUAAUAUACUCAUCUUAUUAUA